AUGCGUCUGCCUCCUGCCCUCCUCUCUUUUGCCCUCCUUGCCUUCACCCUCGCUCAUGCUUCCCCUGCGCUUUCUGGCGAACCACCCGGGUCGUCUUCCUUUUGGUACAAGCUCAUCAUUAGCAUCGGCCUCGUCCUUCUCGGGGGUGUCUUUGCGGGCCUGACCCUCGGUCUCAUGGGCCUCGACGAGCUGCACCUUCGCGUGCUCUCAGCCUCCUCGGACGAUCCUGUCGAGCGCAAGAACGCACAGAAAGUUCUUCGGCUCUUGACCAACCGCCGCCACUGGGUCCUUGUGAUCGUCAACGAGAGUUUGCCAAUAUUUUUAGACAGUGCCGUGAGUAUCUCCUUGGUACGUCGCUUGGUAAUCAUCCCACAGGCGGCCAGCGUACGGUAUGGCCUCUCGAUAGGGGCCUCCUGCGCACCUAUUGUCCUGGGCAUGAUGUACCUCUUCGCACCUAUAGCCUAUCCGAUCGCCAAGCUGCUCGACUGGAUUCUAGGUGCUAACGACACGCACACGUACAAGAAGGCUGAGCUUAAGUCCUUCUUGGCGUUCCAUCGGCAGGGCGAGGAGCCGCUGCGCGACGACGAAAUCAGCAUCCUGAACGGCGUACUGGAGCUGAACAAUAAACAUGUCGAGGAACUCAUGACCCCAAUGCAGGACGUUGUGACGAUCAGCACAGACAGGAUUCUGGACCACGACACUCCUCCGGAGCGGUACUCACGCAUUCCGGUGCACCAGCCUGGGCGGCCUAUGGCCUUCGUCGGGUUGUUACUCAUCAAGAAGCUGUCGGUGUACGAUCCGAAGGAAGCGCUGCCGGUAUCAAAGUUCCCGCUGUCAAUCCUGCCCGAAGCAAAUCCGUCGAUCAACUGCUUCCAGGCUCUCGAUUAUUUCCAGACAGGCCGUGCGCAUCUACUACUCCUGAGCACGACGCCAGGCAUUGAAGGCGGCGCCAUUGGCGUCGAAAUCAUCUCCGAAGAGAUCAUCGACGAGACGGACCGCUACGAGGACAACCACAGCAAACGUCGCGCAAAGCGCCCGUUCAACGCCAAAGCCAUGCGCGGCAUCAUCGAAUACCGCGGCCGCACGAGCAGAGCCGGCUCCCAGAGCACCGUCCCCACCAUCGGCGAGCGCACGCCCCUCCUCAGCCCAGGCCCGGGCCCAGGUAGUGCGGGGGUCGUCGAGCACAACCCGCAGGGUGCGGACGGUCCCACCACCGUUGAACAGCGCCUCCUGGACGGCACGAAGGCUAGAGACUUCGUCGUCAGCCCGAAAACCGCGAACGGCUCGGGGCACCAGUACGGGAGCGUGUUCGUCGGUUCGCCGAGCAACGUCAGCGAUACGACUGAUCAGUGA